AUGGCGAUUACAAGAAGCUCGGUUUCUCCAUCACCUUCUGGUUCGAAGAGAAAAGGCAGUGAAGGUGGUGAAGUGGAGAUGUCAGGAAAAUCAUCUACUGCCCGACCCAGUCAUACUUUGGUCACCACAACUUGGUCUCCUCCGGCUUCGGGACUUCUCAAGCUCAAUGUGGACGCAACAAUCUCCAAAGUCAAUGGAAAAGCAGGUUUUGGUGGUGUUAUCAGAAAUAGUGAAGGUUUGGUAGUUGCAGCCCUGACACAACCCUACAUUGGAGGAGGAACUGUCCCCACUCUUGAAGCAAAAUCUCUCCUCACUACGUUGCGCUGGUGCAUCGAUGAACAUUUUCUGGUCCAUGAGGUAGAAACAGACUGCAAAGCUAUUACUGACGCAUUGUUUCAUCAUAAAGAAGACAUCUCGAUUUUUGGAGAUCUUAUACGUCAAAUCAAGGAUACUUUGUCUCACGUCCUUGCUGCUUGGCUCUCUCAUGUCAAUCGUGGUGCCAACUCCCUUGCUGACAAGUUGGCGCACCGGGCUUUGGGGUUAGAUGAAGUGGCAAUCUGGAUAGGCGAUGACCCAUGUGACCUUAUUGAGUUUCUUUCUUUCUAG